GUGGGUCCCCUCCUCCCUCCCUGCCCAGCGGCUCCACAGGCUGUCCACCAUGGCCUUACUCACUGCGGCUGCCCAGCUCCUUGGGGCCAAGAAUGCAUCCUGUCUUGUUCUUGCUGCCCGACGCGCCAGUGCUUCUACAAAUCUGAAGGACAUCCUCAGUGACAUGAUACCCAAGGAACAAAAUAGAAUCAAGACCUUCAGGCAGCAGCAUGGCAAGACUGUAGUGGGCCAGAUCACUGUGGACAUGAUGCAUGGUGGCAUGAGGAGUAUGAAAGGAUUAAUAUAUGAAACAUCAGUUCUAGACCCCCAUGAGGGUAUCUGUUUCCGUGGCUACAGUAUCCCAGAGUGCCAGAAGUUGCUCCCUAAGGUCAAGGGAGGGGAAGAACCCCUUCCAGAGGGUUUAUUCUGGCUGCUUGUGACUGGACAAAUUCCAAAUGAGCAACAGGUGAGCUGGCUCUCCAAAGAAUGGGCAAAACGAGCAGCUCUGCCCUCCCACAUGGUCACCAUGUUGGACAGCUUCCCUACUAAUCUGCAUCCAGUGUCUCAGCUCAGGGCAGCUAUCACUGCCCUCAACAGUGACAGUAACUUUGCUGGGGUUUAUGCUGAAGGCAUCAAUUGGUGCAAAUACUGGGAGCUGAUUUAUGAGGACUGCACAGAUCUCAUUGCCAAGCUGCCUUGUGUUGCAGCAAAGAUCUACCGGAAUCUGUACUGAGAGGGCAGCAGUAUUGGGGCUAUAGACACCAAACUUGACUGGUCUCAUAACUUCACCAGCAUGUUGGGCUACAAUGAGCUCAUGCAUUUAUACCUCACAAUCCACAGUGACCAUGAGGGUGGCAAUGUAAGUGCCCACACUAGCCAUCUGGUGGGCAGUGCCCUUUCAGAUCCCUAUCUGUCCUUUGCAGCUGCCAUGAAUGGACUGGCUGGGCCCCUCCAUGGCCUAGCCAAUCAGGAAGUACUUGUUUGGCUGAUGAAUUUGCAGAAAGAAGUUGGCAAAGAUGUGUCUGAUGAAAAACUGUGUGACUACAUCUGGAAUACACUCAACUCGGGCAGGGUUGUCCCUGGAUAUGGCCAUGCUGUACUAAGAAAAACUGAUCCACGGUAUACCUGUCAGCGGGAAUUUGCCCUGAAACAUCUGCCUAAUGAUCCCAUGUCUAAACUGGUGGCUCAGCUUUACAAGAUUGUACCUGAUGUCCUUUUGGAGCAGGGCAAAGCCAAGAACCCUUGGCCCAGUGUAGAUGCCCGCAGUGGAGUGCUUCAGCAGUACUAUGGCAUGACAGAGAUGCAUUACUACACAGUUCUCUUUGGGGUUUCACGGGCACUGGGGGUGCUGGCACAGCUCAUUUGGAGCAGAGCUCUGGGCUUUCCCCUAGAGAGGCCCAAGUCUAUGAGCACAGGUGGCUUGAUGCAGUUUGUAAGCUCCAAGUCAGGGUAAAAGAUGGGGACUGGACAGGGCAGGGAGGGGGAAGAGAAUGUCUACCAGAGUGAGGAGACUUUAAGAGAGACAGUACAUACUUUUUUGUUUUUGUUUCAGGGGGCCUUUAAAGACUUUUAGGAUUAAAUUAUAUUUGAGGCAC